UAAAGCGAAUAUGAAAGCUCAUUUGGUUUUACUAUAUCAGAAAUUUUUACUCAAUGGCUUAUUUUAAUACGCGUUUUUACACGGUUACAUUUUUGAUGUUUUGUUUACAAGUGGUACACCUUUAGAACUUCUAAAACGUGCAAAUUUGUGAACCGUUUUCAUUUGUUUGAUGAAAACGCUAUUGUGAUAAUCUCAAUAUUGCCAUUCACAUUGCCGUUUGAUUUGCUGUUCGAAAAACUGUUACUGAAUUGAAUCAUAGUACGCUUCACUUGUUUUUACAGGAUUUACAAUAUAUCAAAACGGGACAUUAAAAGAGAAGAAAACAAAAAGAUCGACGAAAACUUAAAAAAAAAACGAAAUGAAGAGAACUAGCAGCAUUAAUUGAAGUAUCAAAGAGGUCAAGUAAUUUCCUGGAAACCACGUUCCUGAGGCCAGAACUUGGGUGCAGAAAUUGAUGCUACUCCUAGUUACAUCCAAAAACUAAGAAUUUAUUUCGAAAGAAUUGAAAUCAGCAAGAUUGAGAUGACACUAAAACGAAGAGAUUUCCAGAAAGCAGUGAACUUCCUGCAGGAGUUCCAACUGAAGUUAUCGGAGACAGAAGAAUCAGCCGAAUUGAGAGACAGUCUCAAUAUGUGUUUACUUCACUUACAGAAAUACUACAAGACCCUGAAGACCCGGACUGAUGAGUUGGUGCGCGACCCAGUCAACCUGUCCUCCUCCUUCUCCAGGGGGUUCAGUCCCAUGACCCCCUUCCGAGAUGCCCCUGAUAGGUUCCAGUGGAAAUGGGUGAACCUAGAGAACCCAAGUGUGGCCAGUCUAACCAGCAGAAGUCUGAGUCUGACUGGUAGUCUGAGGAACGAGGACUUCUCUCACAUAGCCCCCAUUCUGCAGGCGACCAAAGUGGGGGAUACCCAGACUGUCAACAGAAUCAUCAGUCAAGACGGUGUGAACAGUCUCCUGAAGGUGGACGGACUGGGGAGGAACUGUGUGAUGUAUGCAGUGCACUACAGACAGAAUGACCUGCUAUCCUUCUACCUCCAGCAGCCUCUCAUCAACGCCAACCUCAGAGCCCACGACGAGAGCACAGCAGUGCACCGUGCGUGUCAUGACAACAAUGAAGUAGCCCUGAGACUUCUGAUGGAGAAGGGGGUCAAUUUGGACUGUGCUGAUGUGGAGGGAAGGACUCCUCUACAUUGGGCUGCCACUAUCAAGGAACAAUCCAACUGUCUACAGAUGCUGUUGGACGCUGGAGUGAAUCGGAAUGCCAGAGACAUCGCCGGAAUGACAGCAUCAAUGUGGGCAUGCAGGAUGGACUGUCUGCACAACUUCCAGACUCUAGCCUCCUCCUCUUUAAUGACGUCAUCAACUGUGUUCUCCUCCACAGCCAAUCAGAAUGGAGAGAUGGGUGAGGGAGCAGGGGAGGUGGAAGUGGACAACAAUGGAUGGACUUGGAUCCACUGGGCAGUGAGGAGAACGGAGCCACUGGAAUGUCUAACAACUCUUCUGAACCAGCGCAGUGGUCGUAUUAAGGACAGCAUGGGCAGACUGGCCAUACACGUGGCAGCCGAACAGGGUGCAACUAGUGCAUGUCGACUGAUAGUGGAUGUGUGUGGGCGGGAGUGUGUGAACGAGAGGGACACUCAGGGCAGGACCCCCCUCCACCUGGCAGCACUCAGUGGACACGGAGAAGUGCUCAAUCUACUCUGCGAACAGGGGGCCGACUUACUGAUCGAAGACGAGCACAAAGCCACCGCUUGGGACUACGCCAAGGGAAGCCAACUGCGCUACUGCAUGCUCAUUCUAUCCUACUACAGGGAGAAACAAGACGGAACAACUCUGCCGAUUGGAGACCCAAACUCCACCUCAAACGGAGGGGUCAGUGGGGGCAUACUGACUAGAAGACAGUCGGGUGACAUGACCCCCAGAGGGGGGCGCUUUCUCUCGCCUAGGCCGCCAGAAUUCAGUCGACCAGUCACUCCAAAUACGCCAAGGUCAAGACUGACUGGGCGCUCUAGUGCCAAGAGGAGUUCAAUGGCAGCCAGCAUGACAGCAUCUAUCAGUCCCCCACCCGGGGAGGGUGAUCAGUUCGAGGACAGGGGGAUGAGCACCUACAGGUCAUCCACCACUUCACUUCACGGACCCAUCUUCCCCCAGAAAAAGGUCAAGCCCAAUUCACCCCCACAAGAUCAACAACUGGAACAACAAGAAGAGCCGCAACAUCAGCAACCCCAAAACCAACAAGUACAACUACCACAACAACAACAACAACAACAGCAACAACAACAACAACAACAACAACAACAACAACAACAACAACAACAACAACAACAACAACAACAAAACCAACAACAACAACAGCUAAAUCAGCAGCAGCAACAACAUCAUCAGCAACUGCGACAACAAGGACGGCAAAAACAGCAGCCACGCACCGAGCACUUCGACCGCCGGGACGUCUCGAGUCCGCGACACAGUCCACAACGGGGACGGGGUUCAAAGAGGGCGCAGAACUGGAGUGGUGAUUUUGAAGUUGAUAUAAUGGGUGAUAGCAAUGGGGUUGUGCCGAUGGAAUCGGGGGGAGUGGGAGGAGCUGAGAGUCAGUUACAGUCCGGAUUUUCUCCCAAUACGCAGAACGUGUUGAUUCUAAACGGAGCUGAAGAUGAAGACAACGAUGAUGAAAACUUAGCCGAAGAUGAUUGGAAUGUGGAAGAAGGCUUCGAACCAAAGAACUACAACCAAGUAGUACCCUUCCGAAGUAGUCCCAAUAACACACAAGAUAGCCAUAACAAUAACAACAUGGAGUCGCAGAAGAAUCCCCAUUUGAGAUCCAAUUUUGUGUCUUCAAUCGACAAUGAUGAAGGAGAAUUUGAGGUCGACGAUGACGAUCAGAACACUUACGAAAUCGAUCGACCCGCAAGUCCUGCCCGAUCCGAAAUGACAGACGUCUCUCUCCCGAUGAAUGUCUCGGAUGUCGACGAUCCCCCCACUGUCAUCCAUCGACCCCCAGCUCAAAACACGAGUACACAUUCAAAGGGAGGACAAAAUGCACCUCCAGUGAAGUACAACCAACCUCAAAAAAUAACCCUAGAUAUGGGUUCGAAUUUGCUUCACGGCUCCCAAAAACCGAGUAACCCGCAGCCAAUUAGACCUGAAUUAAAAUCGACUGUCUUCGGUGUUCCGCGGACAUCUAACGAGACCAAUUCGUUCGGGUUACCCGAGCAAAUUACGAACGACAACCGAACUAUUUCACACAAAACGAACAACCAGAACCAAGAUUUUCCAAGUCAGAAUAAUAAACCACAAAAAAGUCAUCAAGUUAGUUUCAACUUGCAAUCCUCGGGUACUCAACAGCAACCAACUCGAGGCCGAGGGACGAAGCCACGAGGGGGACAAUCGCCGAAUCAGUUGUCACAGUCGCUGUCCCCCGACAACUCGCUGUCUGUUUCGUCCAAUACGAGGACAGCUGUGUACUCGGGAAAAGUGAAGGCGGCUCCUGUUAAGCGUGCAGCGGCAUCGCAGAGUCCAGCCGCUGCAAGGACAAUGCCACCAGAAAUCAAGAGUGAGAAGGCAGCGGCAUUGAAGGAACAAGAGCUGGCCGAUAUCCAGUUUACGCCCCUGCAUAGACGGGCUAGUCCAGGGGGACACCUGGAACCUCUGCAGCCCCUUCCCCUGCCCCACCGAGUAAUGACGUCUUCACUACCCACCCACACUAUCUUCACAGACGAGUCAGGAAACCAGAAGAGAGGACGUAAAAAGACUAAAAGCAAAACCCUGAAACAGAACAACGAGAUAAUCAACAAUGCCUCCUAUUCAUCUUCUGGGGGCGGAGGGGGAGGGGUGAGUGGAGGGAAAGAGCAGAUUGCCCUUACGUCACCCCAAAGUGCUCAUCCAAGGUUAAACAGACUGCAGCCCCUGGAAGCAUCCAUACAGGGCUCCUCCUACCCAAUCUACCACAGCGCCAAACGUAGAGGAGAGUCCACCAACACGGAUGAGUUGAAACUAGACAAUAAUCCCAUGCCAAAUAUGGAAAUGAAUGGGGGCGAACCAAUUGUCCCUACUCCGGCUCCACGCAAAUCACUACCUGCUCCCCUAACGGCCAAUUCGAGGAAAACGGCAAAACUCCCUAGCACUUAAGCAGAUAAUACAUUACAAUUCUGUCCAAAUGAUUCUGUUUCGA